AAGCUGGUAGAACAGAGAGUGAUGUACCCUCAAGAAAUAACUGAUCCAGUCAGUCAGGAUGGAACUAUGUCCUUCACAGAAGAAACAGUGUCCAUAUUAACGUCCAGCAGCAUGCCGGCCCGCUCUUUUCUUAUCCAUCCCCAAGGUCUGAAAGAGCAAGAAAACUUUGAGACGGACAGCCAUAUCACUCUGCAUGAUAAACAUAAGUGUAUCCCUGCUGAGAAAAAAGACCAAGGUUAUUGGGACAAGCGCAAAAAGAACAACGAAACUGCCCGGCGUUCACGUGAGAAACGCCGCAUCAGUGACGAGGUGGUAGAAAGCAAGGUUCUGGCUCUUCUUGAAGACAAUGCACGUCUGAAAGCUGAGCUACUGGCACUGAAGUUCAAAUUCGGUUUGAUCAAAGGUCCCACAGAUUCACCGGCACAGAUCUCCUCCUUUGGUCCACAUAACCAAACAUCUACAGCAGUACCCUACAACUGCCCCACUACAAACAUACAACCUGCUUUUGUUCACGCAUUAUCAAUCCCACAGCAUGGUGGUCCAGAUGGGGCACAAAACUAUGGGUUCUUCAUGCCUGGAGGGUCAAGCAUUGGGAGCCCUGAGCUUUCAGAUGAUGCUGGAGGUAAACAUAUCCAAAAAUUCCAGUCAAGUGGUAUUACAGCAGUGGAUACCAAUUCAUUAGGAUGGCAAGUGAACAAUAUGAAAGGACUUCCUCAUAAACUGCGAUUCAAGACUCCAUGUGGAAUUGAAGGUGCUGAUGCUGAAGUCCUUCUUCCAGUGGAGAAUACGUCACAGUCUCAGUCUACAGAGGCUUUAUGGAGGCCACAAACACACACAAUGCCAUCAGCUUGUUCAAUAGCACAUAAGAAUAACUCUUCAAUUGACAGGAAUAUAGACAGUCACAGUGCUAUUCGAUUCCAGAUCAGUGCAUUGACUGAAGAAGUGGCCCAGCUCAAAAAACUGUUGUUUCAACAUCAGCUCUCCAAAGUGAACUGAAAUCAUCUUUCCCACCUGUCUUC